GCCACUGGGGAACACAAGGCCCCCAGUCUCUUGCCAAUUCAGUUGUUGCAUUUCACAGAGAUCUUGUUUCAUAAACUUAGCCUCAGGUUUUGUGCCUCUGUGUGUGUAUCUGUGUCUUUUCUUUCUUUCUUCUUACGCACUUGGGAAACUUUAGCAUCCAGAGUGCAGCCUGCUGCAUCCUCCUCUCUUUCUCUCUCAUCCAUCAUGCUGCAAACCCUGCUGCUCUGCUUUCUUGCCCUCCUUUGCCUAGGAAGUCUACUUCGUCCAGGUUUGGGCUGUCAGCUGCCCUCGGACUGGAGACCCUUGAGUGAAAGCUGUCGGGCCGAGCUGGCAGAAAUCAUUGUCUAUGCCAAGGUUUUGGCACUGCACCAGGAUAUGUACAGCAUGUACAACUACUUGCCCUGGCAGUAUGAGGCCACGGACGGAGGGCUCUUUUACUCAGCCGAGAUUGAGAUGCUGUGCGACCAGGCUUGGGGGAGCAUGCUGGAAGUCCCUGCUGGAUCCAGGCUGAACUUGACAGGCCUGGGGUAUUUCUCUUGCCACUCUCACACCGUCAUGCAGGAUUAUGCUUACUUCUUCUUCCUCAGAAUGGAUGAGAAUUAUAACCUCCUUCCACACGGAGUCAAUUUCCAGGAUGCCAUAUUUCCAGAUACCCAGGAAAACAGGCGGAUGUUUUCCAGUCUCUUCCAGUUUUCCAACUGCACUCAAGGGCAACCUGCCAUAAGUUUCUCCAGUGACUGGGAGAUACAAGAGGAUAACAGGGUAAGGCUGUUUUGUUCUACUGGGGACAGUUAUCCAGGAGGACGAAACCCUACAUAUGGUCAGAACAGUCAACUGUGGUUUUUUACCUGCAAAGUUUGGAACAGUUCCUUUUUUACACAACAGCUUCUUCAAACCUCCAGUUAAUAUAGCCUUGUUGGAAAGAAGAUUCUCUGAGAG